UUCUCUCCAUCUUUCUCAAAAUCUCAAUUCCGCCAUUAACGAAGUUCCCCAAAGUUCGGCCCCUCCCCUUCGAAAUUAGGCUUGGAAAUUUCCGAUAGGGGAGAUGAGGUCUUCCUCAGGAGCAGGGGGGUUCAACAUCAAUCUCAGAACUCAGAAACUUGAAGUCGAUAAUCGUAUAUCUCUACGUUAUUACUAUCGGAUCGCUGAUAAUCUCCUUAAACAGGGUGACAUCUUUCGAGAAGAAAAGAACAUUAUAGAUCUGUAUGUUAUGCUUAUGAGGUUUUCAAGUUUGAUAACUGAAACUAUACCACUUCAUCGAGAUUUCAAGGCAUCUCUACAAAGAGAAAAACUUUCUUUCAAGAAGAAACUAUUGAAUGCACUGACUGAGUUGGAGAAAUUGAAGCCAGCAGUAAAUCAGAAGAUCGAAGAACUAAACAGAAAACAGACGAGUCAAGUAGAGAGCUGGGGCCAUAACCACCAAAAUGGUUCUUUUGAUUCUUCACUGGAGUGGCCUGCUGUCAAAAAGAAAACUCAAGCUAAUUAUGAGAUCAGAAAGAUGCCACAAUCUAUUGCACGGGAAGUUACCCAUCAAAGUUCAAGGACUUACCAAUUCUCUAAUUCAAGACCAGUGGAAGGGCAGUUUCGCUCAUUAUCUCUAAAUAUCCCACGUCCAAAGGAGGAAACACUAUCAAGGCAUUCUAUUCUGGGCCCAAAUGGGCUUCGUGGGCAGUGGCAACCACCUAGUACUAAGCAAUUGGUUCAAUAUCCCAGCAAUUUAGACUUUACUCCAAUUGCGAUCCCAAUAGAUUUAACUCCGAUUGAGAUUCCAAGCCUGGAGCAGCCUGUGAAAGAUGAACUUACGACCCAAAAAGACAGUAAUUCAUUAAUUGAAACUUUGGAAGCAGUCCUUUGUGAUGACCACCAAUCAGUUCAGGAUGUGGAACCUCCUUCCUUGAUUUCCUUGGACGUGGUAGAAACUCCUGUUCAUACUGACAUUGUCAGACAACCUUCUCCUCCACCUGUUCUUGCGGAUGUACAAGAUUUGAUGCCCACUACAUCUCCUCAAAUUGUUGAGUCUGGUUGUGCAAUAGAUAAUUCCUUUCAAGAUGAACUGGCUCGCACCAAAUCACCACUGCAGUUGCACAUUUCAACAACAAUGAUGGAAAACUUCAUGAGGCUGGCCAAGUCCAACACUCAAAGGAACUUGGAAACCUGCGGUGUUCUUGCAGGUUCACUUAAGAAUAGAAAAUUUUAUAUUACCGCGCUCAUCAUCCCGAAGCAGGAGUCAACAUCAGAUUCGUGUCAGACUACAAAUGAAGAGGAGAUAUUUGAUGUCCAAGAUAAGCAGUCCUUGUUCCCCCUGGGGUGGAUUCAUACACAUCCUUCACAAUCUUGUUUCAUGUCGUCAAUUGAUCUUCAUACUCACUACUCAUAUCAGAUCAUGUUGCCUGAAGCAAUUGCAAUUGUCAUGGCUCCCAAAGAUGGUUCAAGAACCCAUGGCAUUUUCCGUUUAACCACACCAGGUGGUAUGUCAGUUAUUAGACAGUGUCAGCAGCGUGGCUUCCAUCCACAUGAACAACCUUCAGAUGGUAGACCCAUUUAUGAGCAUUGUACAGAUGUCUAUAUGAAUCCCAAUCUAAAGUUCGAUGUCAUUGAUCUCAGAUGAUCUCAUGGUGAAUGAAAAUUAGGGGUAUUGCUUCACCCUCCAUUUUAUUCACUAUCUAUGUGUGUAUGAUUAUCAUGAUAUUUUAUGUUAGUUAUUCAUCACCCCAACACCCCCAAAGAGAUGGUGAACUAGAGAAAAGGGAAGUUUGCCAAUUGGUGGCAUACCUUGUUGCUUGCAGACGUUUCUGAUGACUGGAACUACAUAAUAUCAAGCCAGCUUCUAGAAAGCAUUGGUGACAAGUCAAUUCUUGACAACCUUUUUUUUUUUCACUUUCUUUUUUUUUGGCAUUGUGAGUCAUGUGCAAUGUACAGUAUUCAUGCUAUAUUGACAUUGUCAUUACUCAUCUGUAUAGGGUUGAAAUGUAGUUGAAAUCUAUUACAAGUGAUAUUUCGUAUAAACUUAUAACCCCCAAUCCCCAUCAGAUGGUUUUCCUAUCAAUCUCAAAUAUAUUGGUGGUAAAUUGUUGUUGAGAAA